UCAGAAUCGGAGGCCGGCCCUUGAACAAAUUUACCUUCUUAUUUUAUUACUUGUGUCAACAUUUUAGAUCGAUAUUAUCAGAUUAUUUGCUUGAGACGUUUUUACACUGUGUAUCAUGUUUUUUUGAUUUAUUAUCGCUAAAAUGGUUCUGUUGCCGCCCUGUGUGCCACAGAGCUGCGGAAAGGAUUUCAGGAAUUCUCUGAAGAAACCGAGCCCUAAUUAUCCUUAUGGCUAUAAGACGAGGAAGCCAAGAAUCGUUCCGGCUUUUACGAUACAAGCAUUACAAAAAAACACAAAAGUAGUGCCACCUCCAAAAUGUGGCGUCUUCGAUCCCCUGCCUCCGAGACCGACGAUGUUCAGAAAAUGUUAUCAAAGAGGCGAAUUUCCCGUCUGCAUCGAGUUCACUAUUACCGGAAAACAAUUGGCUUGGAAGGUUCCCAUAGAGAAACUGGACUUCCAUCACUACCUGCCGAUGUUCUUUGACGGCCUAGCCGAGGGCACUUAUCCUUACAGCUUCAUCGUCGAACGUGGUAUUCAUGAUCUCGUGACUAAAGGCUCGUACAAGAUACUUCCCGUAGUCCCGCAGCUAAUCAUUCCCAUAAAAAAUGCCUUGGCGACGAAGCGCCCCGCAGUCAUCUGUCACGCCCUAAAAUGCAUUCAAAUGAUUGUGACGGGGUCUGAUAGGGUCGGUGAAGCCCUUGUCCCUUACUACAGACAGAUCCUACCGGUACUAAACUUGUUUAAGGACAGAAAUCGAAACAUGGGGUCCGGUAUCGAUCACACGACGACGAGGGGCGAGAACGUUGGCGACCUCAUCGAGGACACGCUGCAGAUAUUGGAACGCUACGGUGGUCCGGACGCAUUCAUAAACAUUAAAUACAUGAUACCGACCUACGAGUCUUGCGUUUUGAAUUAGCAUGGUUCUUUUUUUUUUUGCGUGAGCAAUUUUUAUUAUGUGAGCAAUCGAUGCUGACGAUUUUUUUUUACUACUAUAAUUUAUUAGCUACAGCCUAGUUUGUUGAUAAAUUUAAAAUUUGCGACGUAAAAUGAAAAUAGGUAUUUUCGAAUCAUUUUUUUUUGUUGAUGAGAAAUUCGUGAAUUGCUUGAAUAUUAAUAUUGUUUCGCUCAAGUAUGUUUUUUUCACUGUUAAUUCACUAAGUACUAGUCUUAUGACGUAAUAAGUUUUUACUGCUAAACUAAUUACAGUAUUGCUUAGGUUUUAAUGUUAACAUCGAAAAAAAUUCACGAUUUUUUAUUUUAUUUUUAAACAAUACUUGUAGGAGCAGCAUGAACAAAAUUAUAAAUUCAUCGAAUUCAGAGGAUCCUUUCAAAGUUUUCUUCGAAAUUUAUUGUAUAUGAUAAAGGAACGAACCAUUAAAUUCUGUAAAAAGUAGACGAGCCUUGUUAACAGAUCGAAAGUAAAUGAAUGAUGUAAAAUAAUUUAAUGAUAAUAAUGAUUGUACUGUGAUUCUGUAUUGCAAUAUUAUAAUUUAUAAUUAAAAUUAUGUUUAAAAACUGUUAUUAGUUUUAGUAAGUUUUGUUUGAUACGCUUUUUACGAAUGUUUUUAUUUAAUAAUAAAUU